UAUUUGUUGGGAUUGCGUUCGUGGGAAGUGUCCCACUUUCUCUUUAAGUGACAAAUAGCGAUUUGUGGUCGUUUGAAGUGAUUUUGGCGGUUGCAAAGCGCGAAAUUUCGCAAGAUGACGGCUCACGAUCAAAUGCGAGCCAUGCUGGACCAGCUUAUGGGCACUGGACGAAAUGGUGAGAAUAAUAGAUUCCAUGUGAGGUUCAAUGAUCCAAAGGUGUGCAAAUCCUUUUUGUUGAGCUGUUGUCCUCACGAGAUUCUCUCCUCAACGCGCAUGGACUUGGGAGAAUGUCCGAAAAUUCAUGAUUUGGCUUUAAGGGCCGAUUUCGAGAAGGCCCAGCAGUCCAAAGACUACUUCUACGAUUUAGACGCCAUGGAGCACCUGCAGGCGUUCAUCAGCGACUGCGAUCGCCGCACGGAGGCGGCCAAGCAGCGCUUGGCCGAAACUCAGGAGGAACUGUCGGCCGAGGUGGCCGUGAAAGCGAACAGCGUGCACGAGCUGGCCGAGCAGAUCGGCCAGAAGCUGGCCAAGGCCGAGCAGCUGGGCGAGGAAGGGUUCGUCGAGGAGAGCAUGAAGCUGAUGGAGGAGGUGGACGAGCUGAGGAAGCAGAAGCUCGAAGCAGAGCAGGAGUACAGGAACUCGAUGCCGGCGAGCAGCUAUCAGCAGCAGAAGCUGCGCGUGUGCGAGGUUUGUUCCGCCUACCUCGGCAUACACGACAACGACAGGCGAUUGGCCGACCAUUUUGGCGGCAAGUUGCAUCUUGGCUUCAUCAAGAUCAGGGAGAAGCUGGCCGAACUCGAGAAAAACUCGGACAAACGCAAAGAAGAGAAGCGCAAGGCGAACAAGGACCGCGACCGCGGCGACGACCGCGAGGACCGCUACCGCGAACGUUACCGCGAACACUACGUCGGCGGUCGCGAGCUCGACCGGCGCUCGAAGCGGCACCGGUCGAGGUCCCGCGAGCGCAAGGAGCGAGAGAGGGUCGGCGGGGAUAAUAGGGUCGGCGGGGAUAACAGGGGCGAUCGCAGGCGGCGCUCGCGGUCGAGGAGCCGCGAGCGCAGCGAGAGGAGCGAGCGCAGCCGCAGGUCGCGAUCGGGGCACUCGAGCCCCACAGAUAAGCCCGAGAGGGGGGAGCGCAGCGACAGGAGGAGGGACAGAGACAGGGAUUAAUGCGACUUUUAAUAGCAUCACUUUAGAGUCGACUUUUCUCGACGACAUUUAGGCAGUAAGGUACCUAUCGACAUAAUCUUUCAUUUAUUUAGUUCUCUGUAUAAUCUAGGUAAAUUCUUGGAGUUGUUAAAUUAUUUGUACGAUCGUUUGUGAGAGAAUAAAAUUUGCGUGGCUGAGAUUAGUUUUAAUUUCUGAUGUGUUACACUAUGGUUUAUAAUUUGUUUUAUUUUACUUGAUUUUAUUAUGUAUCAAUAAAGAUGUUUCUUCACAUUGUUUUUUUUACUUGACAUUAAAAAAAUCACUGCCAUGAAGUUAAACAGACAAUCAAUUGUUUACUUGUUUGCUGCUGGAAUAGUUGACCGAAUUUGUGUGACUGAGUUUUUUUUAUUUAAAUUUGUGUACUUGACACAAAAAUAGUGAAUUAUUUAAUAGAUUUAUUAUUGUAUUAAUAAAAUAUAUGUUCUUUAAUUAUGGUA